AUGUCCGCGUCAAAACCCAACUGGUGGAAAGCCAGCACCUGCUACCAAAUAUGGCCCGCCUCGUACAAGGACAGCAACGGCGACGGGAUUGGCGACAUCCCCGGCAUAAUCAGCACAUUACCUUAUCUGAAAGACCUCGGCGUGGAGACGAUAUGGUUGUCCCCAAUGUAUGACUCGCCGCAGAAGGAUAUGGGCUACGACAUCUCAAACUACGAGGACGUCUACCCGCCGUACGGCACGCUCGCGGACAUGGACGGCCUGAUCAAAUCGUGCCACGACCUCGAUAUGAAACUGAUCCUCGACUUGGUCAUCAACCACACCAGCGACCAGCACGCCUGGUUCCAAGAGUCGCGGAAAGACAAGGCCAACCCGUACGCCGACUGGUACGUCUGGCGGGAUCCCAAAAUAGUGGACGGCAAACGCCAGCCGCCCAACAACUGGCGCAGCAUAUUCGGCGGCAGCGCCUGGGAGUAUUGCAAGGAACGAGACCAGUACUAUCUGCAUUUGUUCGUCAAGGAGCAGCCCGACCUCAACUGGGAGGUUGAAGAGGUCCGCAGGGGGAUCUACAAGUCGGCGAUCGAGUUCUGGCUCGACAGGGGCAUCGACGGCUUCCGCGUCGACACGUGUAAUCUGUACUCGAAGGACGUGACGUUUCCGGACGCGGUGACGAGACUGCAUGGCGAGGAGUUCCAGCCGGCAUUCGAGCACUUCACAAACGGGCCGCGAAUGCACGAGUGGCUGAGGGAGCAGCGGCAGGAGGUACUCGACAAGUACGGCGAUGUGCUCAUGGUCGGAGAACUCCCUGGCACGGAAGCGGCAGAGGUGUUGCAAUACGUGUCCGCCGAGGCGAGAGAGUUGAGCUGCGUCUUUGAUUUCGACGUUGUCAUGCUGGGAACCGCCACGAACGGUGGAGGCAAAAAACACCACACCGUGCGACAUACCCUGCCACAGUUCAAGGACGCCAUUCGCAAAGUCCAGGACUUGAUCCGCGGGACGGACGCCUGGACAACUGUGUUCCUGGAGAAUCACGACCAAGGAAGGAGUUUGACGAGGUUCGCGACGGACAAGCCUGAAUGGAGGGAGAAAGCGGCCAAGAUGCUCGCGACGCUGAUGUGUACUCUCACGGGCACGCUCUUCAUCUACCAAGGACAAGAAAUCGGCAUGUACAACCACCCUGAGCACUGGGGCAUCGAGGAGCUACGGGACGUGGACUCGCUGAAUGCCUACAACGACGUCGCGACCCGUCACCAAGGAGACCCGCUGUGGUUGAAGAAGGCCAUGAAAGGCCUGCAGCUCGUCGGGAGAGAUAACGCCCGCCUGCCGAUUCAAUGGGAUGGGUCCGCUAACGCGGGAUUCACGACGGGGAAGCCGUGGAUCCGAGUCCACGACGACUACGAGGCUGUCAAUGUCGCGGCGCAGCAGCAGGACCCGGACUCCGUGCUCAACUUCUACCAGAAGAUGAUCAAGUUACGCAAAGAGUAUGCCGAGCUGAUGGUCUUCGGGCAGGACUUCUCCGUGUGGGACUUCCACGACCAGGACGUCUUCACCUUCACCAAGAGUCAUCCCGACCGGCACGGCGAGCAGCUGCUGGUGUUCCUGAGUUUCUCCGACGAGGAGCAGCCGUUGCAUUAUCCGCGAGGCCUGGAGAACGUGAAGACGGAGUUGCUCGUGAGUAAUUUGAGGGAGGACGAGGAGGUCGGCAAGUACCUGACGCCAUGGGAGGCCAGAGUGUAUCUAAUCAAGGAGAGCGUUCUGAAUGGGCAUUAG